GGAAAACAUGGAUGAAUUAGUGUUCGGCCGUAGUACUAUUGCAAUUUUUCAAAAUAUGGGGCUUUCUUAUAAUAAUGAUGCAACUAAAUCUACACAACCAACUGGUGAAGCACCUAAGUCAUUUGAAGGGUGUCCCUUUGAUUUGCAUAGUCUUAAAGAAGAAGUUAUCACAAACCCAGGAAUAAAAGCAAAAGUUAAACCAAUCUUGCUUUCAUUCAACGGUUUGCCUGACAGUGGGAAAACAGCUGCUGUAGACUAUGUAAGGAAAACGUACACUACUGAAGGUGUAGCUAUCAAAGAUGUUCGGAGUGAAAUAGCAGAAGAAGCAGCAGAAGGCAUUCAUUAUUACCAAUUUAUUGCUGCAAGUUCAAGUGUUACAAAAAAUCUCAUUAUUAAUGAGUUCACGAAGAAAUCAUGCUUUGCACCUUCAAUUUUGUCAGCUUUCAAUGAGCGGUUUCUAAGCCAAGGAAAGGUCCCACAUUUAAAUAUAGAUGAAAUUUAUGACACUUCCGUAUUUGAUCAGCCAGAUUUAGAUGAACAUAUUCACUUUAUUUAUCAAUUUCUUUCAAGGCAGGAUUUUAUUGGAAAGUCUAAAAAAGCAGAGCAGUUGUCUGAUCAAGAGAGGAGGGAUACAGAGAAUUUGAUCAAGGCCCUUCCUGAAGGGAUUGCUGUAGUUAAUGUGUGGGAUGUUACAAUCAAUAAAAUUGUUCGUCAUUUUUUGGCAGCUUUGCAGGGUCACCUCUACAAUCAGCACACAUGGCUUUUUCUGGAUUUGGAGGAUGACAUUGAAAGCCUUACUAUGCCACCAGAAGAGGGUGGCCUCAUGAGCUGGAGACCUCAUCUACAUUACUUGCUUCGUCAGUGUAUGAUUAGUAAGGAUAACGAGAAAGAGAGGAGGGGAGUUUGCACCAUAAUUGGUAAGCACAAUGGGAUGCAAAAUGGAAACCUGCAAAUGAAAGUUCAGGCCUUAGAAAGCAAAGUACGACCACUUGCAAAGCACAUUGGUAUAGCCACUCUCCUUGAAGACAAGAUCAAAACAAUCAAUCUUAAAAGCCAUAACAGCACUCAUACUUUAUGCCAAAAUUUCGAGCGUGUCAUCAAUGAAACACCGUAUGAGGAAAUUCCAGUAGUUUGGGUCUUCCUUCGUAGUCUAUUUUAUCGCUUUGAUUGGAAAAUCAUAGCUCGAGAUGAUCUCAAGGCAAUGGCAGAAAAGUGUGGCAUGGAUGAUGAGUCUUUGAAAGGGUUUUGCAAAUUCUACACGUCAUUUGGCAGCAUUUUUGAUCUGAGUCUCGUUGAUCCCGAUUACCAAUUUGUUAUAGUUAAACCAGUACAAUUUUUGAGAAAGCUCAACGAUCUUCUUCAAAAUGACAAAUUUCGCCAAACUGGAAUCGUUUCAGAGAGUGCAUGCAGGGAUAUGUUUGAUGGUCAUAUGACAGCUUUCAUGGAUGCACUAGUUUCCCUUAAUUUAGCUGCACGAGUGAUAAAAUCUAAUUUGGAGUUGGAACCCAAUGAGUUGACUGAAAAUGAUAUUUUCUAUUAUAUUCCUACACUCCGGAAAAUGAAUAAGGAGCAGCUCAAUCCAAAAUCAAUACAUGUUCUCACAAGCAUUGACACCCCUCAUAUUUUCAAGCAGGCUACAUUUACGAAGCAUUUUCUUCGUUUACGUCCACAAGCCAAGCUAGUUCCAUCCAAGUACCGUAACCAAACCAUCAUCAACGAUACUGCCACCGGUACAAUCAUCACCUUAACUUCCUUUAGUCCAGCAACCAAUCUACACCUGGACAAACCAAGUGAGGAAGUGUGCUCAUGUAUCGUUCAAGUUUAUAAUGAUAUCACAAAAAAAAGCCAGAAAGGUAUGUAGCCCUUGCCCAUCUUCAGGUGCAGCAAAACCAGUGACUACAGUCAAAUACAGAUUCAUCAAAAUAUGCAUGGAAAGCUCUGACUUGGGUCCUCAGUCCAUUCCUUCAUCAAGCUAUCAUGUCCUACCUGUUAGGUCGCCUUGCAGCGAAUGCAAUGAUAGUAGCUGUGAUGAGCUACUGAAAGCAUGGAAUGAAGCACUUACAAAGGCACAUCAAAAAUAGACAAUCAUAAUUUAUUGUAGCUUUUUUAGAAUCCUACUCAUGAUUCAUCCCUGCCGCAGUCUACCAAAGGUUAGGGAAAUUAUAAACACCAAAAACUAGAUCUAGAUUUAUCUAUCAUAAUGAAGUUGAUAAAAGAUAUACCGUAUAAGGGGUAUAUUUCCCAGGGAAAAUAUUUCACAAAAAUCACAU